AUGGCGAUGCUGGCCCCCAAAACGCCCUUUGCCGCCUCACUCGGCUCUGGCGCAGUAAUCGUCCCCAACGUUCCGUCCGCCAACAUGGCUCCCCCAAGGAGAGCGCCGACCCUACCCACGCCGAACACAUCCCUUGCGAGCCCGACCCAGUCCGAAUUUUCCGAUGGCGAUAGCCCCGACUCAGUGAAGAAUUGGGACGUCGACAGGGUCUGCGAGUAUCUCAGGACCGUUAAGUGCGGCGAGUACGAAAAGCUGUUUAGGAAGAACCACAUCAAUGGAGAAAACCUACUCGAGAUGGACAAGGAGGUCCUCAAGGAGAUGGGCAUUGAGAAAGUUGGCGAUCGAGUCCGACUGUUCCUUGGUAUUAAGAAGCUGCGGACCCGCGCCUACGCGAAUCAGAAGAAACGAAAUAGGGAUUCCUUCGGUGGACUCGACAUCCAGUACAUCCCCUCGGCCGGCUCGCCUCGUCAUGCACGGACAAUGGCCAAUACCUCGUCCUCCAGCCGCCAGCAAUACAGUAAUAGGUCGUACGAUACGGCUGGCGCCAUGGAUAAUUCCAGACCCAGCUCGCCUAUGCCGGCCACGGAUAUCCGACGGCAGCGUCUAGGCCAUGGUGCUUCAAGGCACUCCGGCUCCCCCGCUGAGUCGCAGCCGGCGCGUCUGGGUCAGGAGGUCAUCCGUGUCAUCUCUACAAACGGCGUGACGAAAGUCGUCAAGAUUGCCGAUUGCAGCACCUGCGAAGAAGUAAUGCGCGUAACGUUGCGAAAGUUUGCCCUUCGCGAAGACCACGAACGAAACUACUGCUUCUGGGUUCUCGACGGCCUCGAGCCCGAACCGAGCCAGUGCCGACGCCUCGGCGACACCGAACUCUGGCGCAUAAUUAAGGAUCAAAAGCGACCCGAGCGGAACCGCCUAAUAUUACGACGAGUACCGGCCGGCGAACCCGGCGAUGCCGAGCUCCAGCGCGCAGCCGCGAUCGCCAUGGAGGAGGCGGCGCAGAGCCAUGCCCGAGCGCUCGAGAAGACGGACAAGCGUAGCCAGGUGAAACUUCAGAAGCUAUUAGGCGAGGGCUGGGACGAGGGCCUACGUCACCCCAUGUCUCGUGGCGGUUACUCGGGAGGUGGACAAGGAUAUUCCGAAAUGGAAGAGAGGCAGCCGAGAGGCCGGAAAGGACUGUUGCGGCAAUUUGGCGGACUUCGUCCUCCCAGUGAACUGAUUACUUCUGAUCUUACUUCUUACUUCCCCGAUCAUCCCCGGGAGGACAUUGACCGUACCGCGCGUAUGUCGCUGCGGCGAUCGACGCGACUCAGUAGGGUUAACCAUCGUCUUAGCGUUGCCAGCAGCAUGAGCUUCGCGUCGAGCAUCCAGGACGCUCCUCCUAUCCCGACCAUUGCCGACUCGUGGCUCAACGCCACUAACCAGGCCAAGAACCGACCUCAGAAUGGCUUGGGACGCCUACAAUUCCGCGAUUCGGUGGCGUCGUCAAUGCUCGAUACGCUACAGGAGGAGUCGCCCAUUGACUCGACCCGCAAGUCAUUCACCUCGUUUGCUGACAGCAGCUCUGAUGGUGCCACCAGCCUCAGUGUGACCGAUCCCGACGGAAACACUGUCAUGAGGCGUGGAUUCUACGAAGGCAGCGGCGACUCGACCGGAUCCGGAUCUUUCCAGGAUCUCAAUCAAGCACUCAACGAAGACGGCGAGGAUGUCGACGAGGAACUGCAGAGCUUCCUGGCGGGCGAAUCCUGGGACGACAACAAGUGGAUGAAGGGAGCCCUGAUCGGCCAGGGAUCCUUUGGCAGUGUGUACCUCGCUCUCCACGCCAUCACCGGAGAGCUCCUCGCUGUCAAGCAGGUCGAGAGCCCUUCUCCCGGAGCCAACAGCCAGAACGACAACCGCAAGAAGAACAUGAUCGAGGCGCUCAAGCGGGAGAUUAGUCUCUUGAGAGAUCUCAAGCACCCCAACAUCGUGCAGUACCUAGGAUGCAGCUCGUCGGCUGACUACCUCAACAUUUUCCUCGAGUACGUGCCUGGUGGAUCGGUGCAAACGAUGCUCAACUCGUAUGGCGCGCUGCCUGAGCCCCUUGUCAGGUCCUUCGUCAGGCAGAUUCUUACUGGUCUCUCGUACCUUCACGGCCGGGACAUUAUCCACCGAGACAUCAAGGGUGCCAACAUCCUCGUCGACAACAAGGGCACUAUCAAAAUUUCCGAUUUCGGCAUCUCGAAGAAGCUCGAGGCGUCCAACAUCCUGAGUGGGGCCAACAAUAACAAGCACCGCCCUUCACUACAGGGAUCAGUGUUCUGGAUGGCGCCGGAGGUGGUCAAGCAGACCUCCCAUACGCGCAAGGCAGACAUUUGGUCGCUCGGAUGUCUGGUGGUCGAGAUGAUGACGGGCACGCACCCGUUCCCCGACUGCACGCAGCUUCAGGCCAUCUUCAAGAUUGGCGGAGCCAAGGCAAGCCCGUCGAUUCCCGAGCACGCCAGUGAGGAGGCCAAGGAGUUCUUGGCCAGGACGUUUGAAAUCGAUCACGAGAAGCGACCGGGUGCGGAUGAGCUUAUGCUCAGCCCGUUCUUGGUUCCCAUUACAUAA